ACUCUCUGAUUAGUUCAAAAAAAUCUCUUCGACUGAAAAGCCGCUUUUGAAAAUUGAUACUCUACGCAUUUAUUGAAAAAUGAGUUCAUUGAAUAAAACUGUUGUGAUUUGCGAAAGGGCUGUAAAGCUUCCGCCAUUUAUGAGCCAAGCAGUUGUAGCCGACCGUACGGUCUACGUAUCGGGAAGUCUUGGUAUCGACAACAACAUAAAAUUGGUCCCAGGCGGUGCUGGUCCAGAAAUGCGUAGAGCUCUUGAAAAUAUGGUUUUCUGUUUGGAAGCAGCUGGUUCCAGUGUGGACAAUGUCGUUAAGGCGACAAUAUUUAUAACGGAUUUGAAGGACUCCGCAAUUAUCAACGAGGAGUAUGCCAAAGUUUUCAAGAACCACCCACCAGCCCGUUCUAUGGUACAAGUAGCAAAACUUGCACUGGAUGCAAAACUGGAGAUAGAAGUUGUUGCACUGGUUGGAGACGUACAGUGCGUUGAGAGACAUUCCAAUUAGAGGACAAUUUGAAAAUUAAAAUCAGAAAAUCAAAUGUAUUUAGAGGCUGUCUCGACUACAAAAUUCUAAAUAAAGAAGCUAUUUCGGCACG